ACUUUAAGUUUAAAAUAAUAGUAGAUUUAUUAAACAUCACGUGAAUUAUGACUUUACUUUUAGGAUCAGUGAUGGCACUGAUUUGCCAGACAUACAAGUGGUGUCUCAUUGGACUCAUUGUGGCGGCGAUGGCCUAUUACUACAUUUUAUACAUAUUAUCGAAACCCACGCUAACAGUGGCCGACCCGCAGCUCAUCAAACAAAUUCUGGUCAAAGAUUUCAAUAUAUUUCGUAACCGACCCAAAGUUUCCGGGGGAAAUAGCCUGGUCAUGUCACAUGCCAGGGAUGAGGACUGGAAGCGGAUCCGUGCGAUAGCCAACCCUACCUUCACGCCCAGAAAGAUGAGGAAAAUGUAUGCUCUGAUCGACCGGUGCUGCGAAGACUUCAUCGAUAGCCUCGAUAAGGAUGUGUCGAAUGGUAUGAAUGAAGUCGAGUUGAAGCAACUGAUGAGCGCCUACACUAUGGAUGUGAUCGCUUGCUGUGCCUUCGCCACCAAAAUCAAUACAUACGCCGAUCCUAACAACCCGUUCACCACUAAAGGGGCCAAUAUAUCAAAUGCUCCCAUUUGGAAAAGGAUGUUGCAAAUGACCUUGCCCACAUUUAUUUUAUCCAGUAAUAUAUACCCUAAGAUUUUAAGCACCGUUGGCUCUAACGCCACCUUUUUUGUCGAUUUCUCGCGAAGUCUUAUAAAGAAAAGGAGAAAUAAUAACGAAAAACACAACGAUUUUCUGCAGUUAUUAAUGAAUUCGGAGAGAAGUGAUGGCGAUAUC